GCAGGAGAAGCCUCUUUACUGAGAUGGAAAUUCUAAAUGGGAAAGUCACAGAUGCGGAAAUCAAGAAUCAAACCCUGAUGUCCCAUGGAGCAGUGAAACUCAGAAGAGGCAGUAUCACUAAGAAGUGUCACCUCUACCUGUACAGAGAUUUCUUGGUUGUGACAAAUAGUCGGUAUAAGAUAACCUUUAAGAUAAAAUACAUCAUCCCCCUGACUUCCCUCUGGAUUGGGGACUGUGUGGUCACAGACUUUGUAGGCUCCAAUCAGGCCAGGAAAUCCAUUCUCCUAGGCUGGCCCAUGGAAAACUUCAUCGCCACCUUCUGGUAA